CGCGCGAGACGUAGCGACAUACAUUCGUCGUGAGGACGUUUAGGACCGCUUCCACACUCAACACACACCCGUAAAAUCAAAAUGGCCGAAGAAGAAGAACCCGUCGUCAUGGAGGAGACCGCCGAGGAGGCCGCCGCCGAGGAGCCCAUGGACCUCAUGUCCGCGCUCCAGAUGGUCCUCAAGAAGGCCCUCGCCGAGGACGGCCUCCACCGAGGCCUCCGCGAGGCGUGCAAGGCGAUCGAGUCCCGCAAGGCGCUCCUCUGCGUCCUCGCGCAGGACUGCGACCAGGCGGACUACACCAAGCUCAUCCAGGCGCUGUGCAACGAGGUCAACGUGCACCUCAUCCGCGUCCCGCAGGCGGUGCAGCUCGGCGAGUGGGCCGGUCUGUGCAAGCUGGACGCCGAGGGCACCGCGCGCAAGGUUGUCAAGUGCUCGUGCGUCGUCGUGUCCGACUACGGCGAGGAGACCGAGGGGCUCGCGAUGCUCCAGGAGUUCCUCAAGAACGCGUCCGCGUAAACGAACGCGGCGACGACCGCGCACCGUUCCGUCUUCGAGGCUGGUUUGGUAUUACGAUGAAGCGCGGUAGCUCGUUGUAACAAGGCAACCCUAUCGCGCGACUGA